AUGGAAACAUUAUCAGUUAUAUUAAGAAAUUUUAAAAAAGAUAAUCAUUCUAGUAUAUAUAAAGGGAAUAGCAAUUACUACGAAUUAUUUAAAGAGAAUAAGGAAUCUAUUGAUUGCAAAUUAUCAAAUGACCUAAACUAUAUUGCAUUUACAGUAAAAUCAAAUAAGUUAGUUUUAACAUCCAUAUAUAAUAGUAGUAAUAACAAUAAUAAUAGUGCAAACUCAUCACCAUCUUCAUCGAUUUCAGCAUCUUCCUCUUUUUCAUCUUCGACAUCCGCAUUUUUAUUUAACUCUGUUUUAAAUAAUAGUCAGCAGCAACAACAAUAUCACAAUGGAGGUCACCAACAUAGCGGAUAUCACCAUGGCUCCAGCCAUCACAACUAUGGUUUUUAUAAAGAAUAUUUAGACAAGGAUUUACAAAUUUUAAGAUUUUACCAGCAACAAUCAGAAAAUGAACAUAGAAUUGAAAUUGAAAAUAUCUCGAGUGUGCAUCAAUAUGGUUGGGUAUCGCCUAAAAUCCAUAGAGAAUUAGUAUCACUUUAUUCAAAUACAAAUAAUGAUAAUACAAUAACACCAUCACAUUUAGUAGUUUUAGAUAAAAAUCAAAAAACAUUACAUUUAUUAUCAAUUUUUAAAAAUUUAACACAACAAAAUAAUAGUGGCAGCUUUAGCACAUCAGGUAACCAAUCACCAGUUUCAGAAAGAAAUAAUCAACAGUCAUUAAAUAAUAGUAGUAGUUCAGCAGUUAAUAAUAAAAUCAAUGAUAUUAAACUAACUAAAGUUUUAUGUAUUAUAUCACCAAUAAUUCAACCAGUCUCACAACAAGCACAAUCUACAGUCAUCAAAACUUUUAAAAACUAUCUAUUACACGAUUUUAUAUUGCCAUAUGAAAAGAUAUUGGAACAAUUAAAUUUAAAUAUUCCACAAAAUAAAAAUGAAAUUGAUAUCGAAAUUAUAUCAAGUGAUGAUCAAGGAAAUUUAAUAUUAUUGGUACAGAGAAAUAUUAUUGCUUUAUUAAAGAUUAAACAAGUUGAUAACUAUAAUUAUAUAUUUUUUAUUCAAAGAAGAUUUAAUUUAUCUAUAGGUUAUUCAACAAGAGAAGUUUUUAAAGAUAUUAGUAAGGAAAGUGAAAAUAAUAAGGAGUAUAUAUAUAGAUACGUCGAUAAAUGGUUGUUUGUAAUGAAUAAAAUUAAUGGUCAAUUAGAUAUAUGGAAUAUUAAUGGAAAGAAGAGAGGUAUCAUUCAAACUAGAAGCUUUAUAAACUAUGAUAUUACGAGCACUACAGCAUCGCUAGAGAUUACUGAUUUUUCAAUUCCAUUCGAUUUAAUGUCAAUUGUUAUAAAAAGAAAUCAAAUCGAUCAGCUUUAUGUCCUUUCCUUAGAUUUUAGUUUUUUAAAUACACCAACUCGUAUAUUCACAACUUCCAACUUGGUCAAUUAUUGCAAUACAAAUAAAAUUGACGACGAAUGUGAUAUAUUUUCCCCAUCAGCUUUUAUUUCAUCAGAUAUGUUAGAACAACAAGAACAAUUGAAUAAAGAAAGAAUCAAUAUUAGUGCAGAGAAUAGUGGUUAUAGUAAUCAAGAUAAUACAGAUACCGAUUCAGAACAUCAACAACAACAGCAACAAUCUUUACUAAUUAACGAUACAGAUGAUGAAUAUGACGAAGAGGAAGAUUCUGAGGAUGAAUUAUAUUCAAAUGCUGAAGAUAUUAAUAAUAAGAAUGAAGUUUUUCAAUAUCACUGGUACGAAACAACCGAAAGUAAAUUAAAGCUGGAUGAUAAUAAAUUAGAAUUUGGUGAAUUGGCUCAUUGGGUACCAAAAAAGUCAGUAUCAUAUCCAUCUAAUGGAUUCAGCAUCAGUGGUAAUUUUAUGAAUCAAUCAAUUGGUGUUUAUUCCUCAUCAUCCUUGGGAACUGGUAGACUAUCAAGGGAGAACUCAUUCGUAUUAAAUAGAUCUUUAAGUAAAUCUGCUAGUAUUUCAGAUGACUUGACAAACUUUAAAGAAAUGACAAGUAAUAAUAAUGGUGAAGUUUUAAACACAUCAUCAAUUAUUAAAAGCAAUAGUAACAAUAAUUUACAAAUUUAUCAACAAUUUCAAAAACAAUUAGACGAUAGCUCCUAUAAUUUAAUAAUACCAGUUUUACCAAUGAAUAGUCAAGAUAAAAAACCAAUCAAUACCCAAUUAUUUAUUACACCAAAAUUAAUAGUUUACCAAGUAGAUUAUAAAAUUUUAAGCAAACCUAGUACUAAUGGUGAAGAUAGUGGCAAUAAUAUCAGCAACAGUAACGAAGAAUUCAAAGAGUUUAAAACUGAAUAUUAUUUAUUUGACCGUAUUAGAAUCGAUAGAAAAUCAGUUAAGGUUAUUGAAGGUGAAAGAGUAUUGACAAUCAAAUUAUUGGAUCAAUCAUUUUAUUAUUUUACAGAAAAUGGAAUUCAAGCAAUUUUAAUUGAUACAAAUCAACAAUUAAUUUUAAACAAUUUAAUUAUGUUGGAAGGUGCAGAAAGUGCUAACCAUUUAUGUUCUCUAAAUCACUGGAACAAAAGGGAUCUUAAAAUUCAUGCUUUACACCUAGGUCUUAAGUAUCGUCAAUUGGAUGUUGUUGAACCAGCUUUACGUAGUUUAGAUUAUGAUCAACAAUUAAUUGGUAGUCGUUUAUUAAUCAAUAUCAUUUUGGAGAAUUCUGCAAAUGCUGCAAAUUCUAAUGUCCACAACGAAUCUUUUACAAAUGAACUUUUACACAUAGCCAUGAAUUUUAUUGGUUUAAUCAUUAAAGAUAGAGCAUCAUUGGUACAUCAGUCAUUAAAAGAACAAAAUAAUCAACAGCAACAACAACAAAAUGAUGAAAAUAAUAGUGAUAGCGAUCAUCAUAUUAAUAAUAUUAAUUGGACAGAAACUUUAACAACUCCAUUAAGUAGCGGUAAUAUUAUUGGAUCAACAGCACAAAUAAUGGUCUCAGGUUCAAUUGGUACCAGUUCUGUAUAUUUAGACUCUGCAUCUUCUGCAUCUUCACCAUCAACUUCACAUCAAUCUUCAGCCUAUUAUACAUUAAAUUCUUUAUUAUCACUAUCAGAUCAAACUAAUGCUAAUAACAAUGAUCAAAAACCAACCACACCAAUCCAAGAUUUACUAUUGUUUACAAAAAUUUUAGAAGCUCUUAGAUUAUUCCAAAAAGAAAAACAAGAUUUAUUAGUUCCAAAAAGAAAACAUCAAAACUCUUAUAGUAACCCAUAUAAUGGUCAAACAGGUGAUUUAAUGAUAAAGCAAAUGAAUGAUAUGUCAACAUGGUUCCCAUCUGGCUUAUUGGAUCGUUGGGAAAGAAUGGAGGAGUUAGAGAUUAUUAAAGAAUCAUUAAAUUCAGGAAAUCUUUCAACAUUGAUAUCCUAUAUCAAUUGGAAGCGUGAAAAGAAGGGUGUAUUAUACCAACAACCUAUUUCAAAUACACUUAAGCAGUACCAAUUGCAACAAACUUCAUCCUCAUCAUCACUUAAAUUCAUCUCACCCAUUGGGCCAUUUACUUUUGAUGAUGUUCAAAAAAUAUCAUCAUGUUUUGUUUACCAAGCAGUAAGCCAAGAUCAAUUAGAGGUUGCCAUUAAAUUAUUAAAAACCAUUGGUUCGCCAGUCAGUCCAAAUUUAAAACAAUUAGCUUUUAACACUACUCGUAGAAAUAUUAGAAAUCUUUUGUUAGACGCUUUAGUAUCACACCCAAUGGUUAAAGAUCCAUCAUUCUUUACUCCAGAGAUUUUAGAACUAAUUGAUUUCCGUAGUAAAUUGGACUCUCUAUAUCCAAAUUUCUCUUAUCAUCGUGAGUUCUCAAGGCUAUCUUUCAAGUGGAGACCAUUAAACGAAUCUAAACCACCAUUACUCAUUCAACAACAGCGUCAACUACAACAACAUUAUCAAAUUCAGUUGAAGCAACAACAACAACAAUCACAACAAUUGCAACCAUAUUAUAAUAAUAACCCAAUUGUACCAUUCGAUUUAUUAACUGAUGAUGAUGUUAAGGUAUUUUGCCAAGAGAUCGAUGACUUUUUACCAGACACUGAGCACUAUUAUGGUUUCCAAGUGAUUACUCAUGGUAAUGUCUCAUCGCAACAAACAAAUGUAUAUAGCAGUGGUUUCCUUAGAGGGGGUGUUUCUCCAAUGUCAUCAUCCAAUGUUUCACCACAAACUCCUACAGGCUAUCGUAAUCGUAUUAUUUUAUACCCACCACCAACAAACACCAAUACUCACUCACUUAGUAGUUCACUAACCAGUAAUCAUGACCCAAAUAGUCCAUUAGCUUCAUCGAAUGAUGGUUAUUCUCAUUACACUUUAAAUUGGUUAUCAAAAUGGUCCACUGACACCAAAGAGCGUAUAUUAUUGGAUAAAAAAUAUCAAGUCGAUAAAAGAAAUACCAUUUCAAAACUAUACCAUUCAAUUUCUCAUAAUCAAUAUCAAUCAAUUUUAGAUUGGAUCAAUUCAUUAAACUCCAAAGACAUUCAUUAUUUAAGAAACUUAAUUUUAUCAAAAUUUGAAAAUUUAAAAUUAAAAAAACAAAAUCAAGAUAUCAAUAAUGACUCUACAUCAAAAGAAGAUAAUGAAGAAGAAAGAUUAUUAUAUAAUUCAAUUAUUAGUGCAUUAAAGAUAGCAACACCAUUUGUUAGAGAUUUAUUCAUGAAUCACUUAGCAAGAAAUAGAAUCUUCUUAACUGAUAUUGAAAUUUUACCAUGGUUUCACAUUACAAAUAUCAACUCAUAUAUUGUUCAAAAGGAUAGAAAUUAUAUUUUAAUGAAACGUUUAGCCUAUAAUCAUUUAUUAUUCCCAGAGUUCCGUUUAGAUGAAGCAUUAAGCAUUAACAACAACAGCAAUAGUACAGAUGAAUCAAUUAAAUUCUCAUUUAAAUCACACCAAUAUCCAUUAAACCAAAUAUUGCCAAUUCAAGGACUAGAUAGUAUUGAUGAAGAUCCAAUGCAACUCGAUUUCCACAAAUUUUUUAUUGAGUUUUCAAUCAAGAAUAAACUAUAUUUAUUGUUAUCAAGCUAUUUAGAUUGUUACCGUUUAGCUAAGAAUUCCAACGAUAGAAAGAAAUUAAAUAUCGACUUUGACUCUGAUAUUGUUAAGGAUGAUUUACAAACCCAAUUAUUACUAUUAUUCAAAUCACGCACCAAAGUUGACUAUGUUAAAUCAAAUCUCGUUAAUCUAUUAACAAUACUUAAUAAACAAAAACAAGACUCUCAAUAUAACCCUGUUCAUUCUAGCAAUGAAUUUACAAGCAGUAGCGAAGCCGAAGAAGAGUCAUAUGAAGAUCACCAUAUUAUCCAACCUAAAUUAGUAAUACCAAAAGUAAUAAAUUUAUCAGAAUUUGAUAAAGCAUCAAGUAUCCAAGAUCAAUUGAACACAUUUUAUUCAAUUAUUAAUGGUGUAGUAAAGAGCUUCCCAAACAGAACAUUGCUUGCAUUAUCCGCCAUGAUUUAUUCACCUGCAACAUUUAAAGAUUUAUUAUGUGGUAUCACAGAUCAAGGAUUGAAACUCAAUUCAAAACAACUUUUAAUGAAAAUUAGAAAGCAAUACCCAACCACUUUUAAAAUCUUGGAUAGCCUAUCAAAGCAAAAUCAACAGAAACAAGAACAACAAGCUAAAAUUAAACCACGUGAUAUUAUAUCAUCAAAACAAGAUAUUACUUUAUCAGAAUUAAUUGACAGCAACUCAAUGUUUAAUUUAUCACAUUUAUUUGGCUCAAUUGAACAAGACUCUCAAAAAUUACUCAUAAGUGAUUUCAGCACCCAAUCAUUUAAAGAAGGUUAUUUAGAUCGUUUAGAUAUAUUUUAUUAUUUAGAAAAAGGACGUCCAAUGAAAGCAUAUAAUGUUUUAUUAAAAUCAUUAAACUCGAUUAAUGGCAAAACCAGCAACGAAAAUGGUGAAAUUCAAUUCUCAAAUAAAGAACAAAGAAAUCUUAUUGGUUGGUUAAUUAGAUUAUUUGCAAUAAAGAGAAUAAAUCAAAAGAAUUCUGUAUCCUCUGCCAUAUCAUUAAUGGAUCUUUGCAAAAUGUUUGAAUAUGCAACAAUGAUUAGAACUGAUGUAUCAAUAAUCCAACGUAUUUUCGACUAUCCAUCCAACACUGCACCCAACACACCAAAUUUAUCAUCACCCAGCCUUUUAUCAUCUACCAACUCUUUAAAUGAAUCAUAUGAUGGAUAUAAUCAAUUUAAUCAAUUCCAAUGUGAAACUAUAAAUCUUUUGCUUUCCCUUUACCCCACACCAGAUUCUUUAUUAACCACAAUUACAAAUAGUGCAAACGAUAAUGUAUCACCAUUUCCAUCACCAGUUACAGCAAUUCACAGAAUCAUCAGCCGUUUUGAAAGCACAAUUAGUGUUGACGAACCAUUAUCAGAUGUUUUAUUAAACAACAAUUGGUAUCUUUUAUCCAAAUUCUGCCAAUGCCAUGCUAUUCCAAAACUUACCAAACAACUUGAAUAUUUAGCUGGUCAAGGUAAUUGGUUAGAAUUUAUUUACCAAGCUCAAAUCCAAGAAUUCCCACUUUUACAAAUUAAAGAUAUCAUUUACACUAAAAUUUCAAAUAAUGGUAUAAGAUCCCACUUGUUAUUGGUUAUCGAACAAAUUUCAAAUGAAAGAAAAAGACAAUAUAUCAAUACCAACUCCAAUAGUGCUAUUGAACAAUCUGAACUAUUAAAAUUAUCAAUGAAAUAUUAUCCAAUUGAAGAAUCAAAACUAAAUAAUGAUAUCAUUGGCUUUGUACUAUCUUCAUUCCGUUCAAAUAAUCCAAGAAACUAUCUUUUAUAUAAUGCAACCAAUAGCAAAAGACCAUUAUUGGCUGUAAUUGCAAACUGUAUAAAUACUGAUGGUAGCGAUGAUUCAUCUAGUAAUAACAAUAGCUCAACUAUUGAAUGCUUAGUUACAUGGUUAUGUGUUUCAACUCCAAACCUUUCCAAAUUCCUUUCUGGUAAAGUUACAGUCGAGGAUAGUUUUGAUUUUGACUUGGAUGCUUUAAAUAUCUCUUUAGAUCACCACGUUGCACCAAAUAUCAAAAAAUAUUCAAAUGAUGAUUUAAUUAACUCAAUUCAAUAUAUUAUUCAAAAUAGAAAAACUUUUAUAUUGUUACAAGGUUUCAAAAUAUUUUUACCAAAUAAUAUUUUAAUAAACUAUUUCAAGUUUAUUAACCAAUUCUAUCAAUAUAGAUUUGAAGAAUCUGAAGAAAGCUUAAAGGUAUUUAUUAGAGAUUUAGAUUCCUAUAGUAUGUCAGCAGAUCAAUCAUUACAACAUCCAAAUUUCCAAACAAAAUCAACUGUAAAGAAAAUGGUCGUUGAACUUUCUGAAGGAUUGUUAGAUUUAUUUUCAUCGUACGAACGUGAACAUUUUAUUGAUAUUCUUCAUAGAUCUGGAAUAUCAAAUACAUUUUCAACAUUAUACUCUACACUUCAUUUACUAAAGAGAACAAUGAUUCAAGAUAAAAACAUUCAUAUGGAUCCAAAAAUUAUUGUUCAACAUUUAAUAGAAAAAGGUCUUUUCAAGGAGGCUCGUACCUACUCUCAAGAGAAUAAUUUGGAUAAAGAUAUUGUAACUGUAGCUGAAGUAGAAUCUUUAAUUAAUCAUUAUCAACAAGGUUGCCUUUGGGAAAUUGAAGCCGAAAGAAUCAAUCUUUGGAAGAAAUCUCAACAAUAUUUCAUUCAACAUAAAUGUAAACCUGGAAUAGCUGCUGAAAUAUUUUAUAAUCGUGGUAAUAAUAUAGCUCCAAGCAAUGAAAAGGUAUUUUUAUUGUCUUUGGCUGUAGAAUGGUUUGAAAAAGCUUUACACGAAUCAUUCAACUAUGGUAAUGCUAUAUCCGCAACUCCAACCAAAUCAAUCAUCACCCAAACUUUUAUUGAUGAUUUAAGAAAGCAAAUAUUAUUGUUAUCUGUUGGUAUAUCGAAUCAAGAAGAUCAAAUAAUGAAUAAAGACAAUGACGAUAAUGAAGGCAAUUAUGAUGAUGGUCAAGAUGAUGAUUACUCAUCAUCACCAUUACAAUUACGUCGUCGUUAUCGUGAACGUUCCAAUAGAAACUCAUUAGAUUCAAAACAAAAUACAAGUAGUCAAAAUCUUUUAUCAUAUUUUACAUCACCUAUAGCAUCCCCAUCCUCAUCAUUAUCCUCAUCCCCAACUGAUAAUGAAUCAUCACCAUUAAAAGAUUAUAAUAAGAAAAAACAACCAUCACCACAAAACCAUAAUUAUUUACAAUCUCAUUUAAUUAAUAAUUUAAAUAACAACAACAACAACAACAACAACAACAACAACAACAACAAUAACAAUAACAAUAACAAUAACAAUAACAAUAACUUUAGUGGACCAUUAUCAAGUUCAUUUAGUAAGGAUGGUUUAUCAUUUAUUUCACCAAUUAAAUCUAUUCAAUUAGAACCAAAAGCUUUAGAUAAUGUAAUUGCCAAAUUAUUAAAUUCUGAUCAAAUGCCACAAGCCGAACAAAUUGCUCAACAAUUUAAUUACAAAUCUUUUGAAUAUGACGUCAUAUCAUUGAUGUAUAAUAUUGCAAAUAGAUCCACAUCACCAAACCCUAACGGCUUCCCAUCAGAUUUACUUGACCAACUAAACCGUGAUUUUAAUUUUAAUAAAUGGUUCCAAUCAUUAUCAACAAGCUUUGAAAUUACAACUGAAAAUAUUUUAUUGGUUUUAGAGAACCUCUCUGCAUGCUGCCAAUUAACCAAAAGAGCUGCUAAAUCAAUCAUUACCAAAUUCAAUGUAUCCGAAAAACUAUCGAUUAGCUAUUCAGAGCUCUUGCUUUCAAAUCCAUACGAUAUUUUAAAUCAAUUACUAUUGUUAGGAAAAGAUUGUUUCCGUUUAAUCAAAUCGUACAUCAAUACCAAUCAUUUAGACAUUAUGAAAAUCAAUGAAAUUUUAGCAGAACUAUUCGCCAAAACUAUCAUUACUCAAUAUGGAAGCGGUUCAUUAAUGUCAUCAUUAUCAUUAUCUGAUGAUUCCACAAAACAAUUUUCAUUAAAUGGUAUUGAUCCAAAUUGGUCAUCAGAAGAAUUCCACGAAUACAUUAGAAUUGGUAGAGAUCCAUUUGCAUUUGGUAUGAAAUUAAUUGAGGCAACACGUAUAAACCAUGACUUGUACUUUUCAGUGGAGAGCUCACCAGUAAUGUUUAGCAACAAUAGCGGUAUGGGCAGCUAUGUAUCACCAACACUCAAUAGAAAUAUUGGUAAUCCUGAUAAACUAGCAUCACCAAUCGGUAUGGAUGCUGAAGUCGAACUAUUUGUACGUGCUCAUUUUUGUUUUGUAGUUGCUUGUAGUGUUGAUGGUACCAUUUUGGUAUUAAACAUCGUUAAAUCUAGAAUCAACUAUUAUGCAGAAGCCAACAAAUACAAAUUAUUAGUACGUCUUGUUACUGGUAUGCAAUGUUAUAACGAACUUCAAGCAAUUUUAGAAAUCCUUCUUCAACAUAACAACUUUGAACUAUUAUUAAGAAAGAAAAUCCAUCAACACGAAGAUCAAAACGGUUUAAAACUUGCUCUUCAUUCAUUCCUCUUAAAGAAGCAACCAUUGUACCACGACAAACUUGAAAUGUUAUUCCUUCGUUUCAACAUGUACAGAGAAAUUGCACUAUCACACGAACAAAAAGCCAAAACCAGAUUAGAAUCCAUUGGAAGAGAUGGUAAAUCUUUAAAUACCAAUUCAAAUAAACAAGAUUUACUAUUAUCAAUGAAAGACUUUUUAGAUGCUGCUGAUAACUACUCUAAAGAACGUUCACAGCGUACCGCUCAAUCAUGUAUCUCUAUGGGUGCUCUUAUUGCUCUUCAAAUUAAAUCUCCUGAACAACGUAUUAUCAACUUAAAACCAGCCGAAGCCAAAUCUAUACUAAUUCAAAGACCAUUCUUUAAGGAGGCUUUAAUUAUUGCCAAUGCUUAUAAUUUAAAUGCUUACUCUGAAUGGAUAAAUGUUUUGUUCCUACAAGUUAUAGUUAAUGGUAACCUUAGUUACCUAAAUGAAUACAUCUCCUAUUUUUCAUAUUCAAACAAUUUAUAUAUUGAUUUAGUUAAAAGAUAUAAAACUGAUACAAAAACAGGCAAAAUUCAAAAUAUUAGAAACAUUAUUCAAAAUGUAAUAAUAGAUAAGAAUUUAAGGAUCGAGUUAGCAAAAGAAUUACAACUAGAUGAUAUCGUUAGAUUAAAUUCGAGAUAA